AUGGGUGAUAGGACGCUCUCGUAUCACGACACCAUCCUUGCAGUAGAAGUGCUCCUUGAGCCAUAUUUAAGGGCUCAACGAGAUGGUGGAUCCCUUCAACGCAUCAGCUUCGACCGCAAUGGCUUCCUCUACGUCGAAACUUACACUCUCCCUGCUGUCCGGGCGGCCAACUCCUUCGCAGGGUCAAACCUGUACUACGCAGCAGGUUUGUACGACGAUGACAGAACCACCCUGCUUAAGGGACUGCAAAGCGCCGGAAUGAAAGUAUUGCGAGUAUGGAUCGGUGGUCAGUCUAGCGACCAGAAGGGUACUCACGUCAACCCCUUCAACGAUCUCGAACCCAACACUCCCUGCAACGGAGACACCUCUUGCUACGACGACACGGUUCUUAACAGACUGGAUGACUUCAUGGUUGCGGCCAACUCUUACGGCAUCAAGCUUCUGAUCACUAUGCAUAGCUACAACGCUUUGUCUAGUAACGACGCCUACGGCAAGUGGUACGGCAUUGGGGAUUUCUACACGAAUAGCGAUGCACAAACCUCCUUCGACGCUCGCCUCGUGCAUAUCCUGAACCACGUGCACACGUCGCUCAAUAAGCCUUGGAAAGAGUUGAGUGACUAUGUCUUCGCUUUCGAGGCUGAGAACGAAGCCAUGAUUGGGGAUGGCGCGUCAUUCAUCGAGGCUCACACUGCAUGGCAGUGCGACCGUGCUGGGACGAUCAAGGGCCAACUCGGCGACAACAGUGGGAUUCUUGUGACGAAUGGAGGAGAGUCGUAUUUGUCUGAGUCAGUCCAGUCUGCUUGGCUGUCCUGCGAUGCUCUGGAUGUCAUCUCCAUCCACGCCUACGGUACUGGGGAUCUCGCCACCUCCGCCCUGAAACCCUAUGUCCAGCAAGCGCAAUCCGCCGGCAAGAAACUGAUCUUGGAAGAAUGGGGCGCAUGCUACUUCGACACUUCCAACAACAACUGCCCUACCGGAGAUGCCCUAUCACCGACACGCGUAACGCAAAUUGACAACGCGGGGCUUCCUUGGUUGUAUUGGCAGGUCCUUCCCAAUGCUGAUCCUCAUUCAUCGUACGACUACGAGAUCGGCUUGAGCGACCCGUCCUGGGGUGCUCUCAAGCAGGCUGCUCAAGCGGCCGCACAGGCCACGGCUGCUUUCGAUUUCUCGGCUUACCUUCUUUGAAGUCGUGACAGAGUUCUUGUCUUCCCUUUGCAUUUUUCCUAUGUUUGUUGACGCACCGCUGGAAUAAUGAGAUUAUCCUGACUAUCG